ACUGAGGCGGUUUGUUGAUGUUGACUCGCACAUUGGAUUUUGGUAGCCUAGCAAUAUACAGUCCAACAUCAUCAUCAACCGCAACCACCUAUCACGACACCUCACGUUCACACUGAAAGCCCCGGCGCCUCCUUCACUACCAAGACGUUGACGGUGCAAGUCCGCUCCGUUUUUGCUUCUCCGGGCAUCCCCUAUUUCGCCGUCACCAUGGCCGACCACGACCACGAUCCUAUCGACAAGCGAUCCGCCUCACGCACACGCAAUUCGCGUCCCACGACCCCAAUGCGCCCAACGACACCCCUACGCCCCUCGUCGCGCUCAUCCUUCCGCGAGUCUGCCCGCGACAGUGUGCACGGCGGCGGCGAGUCGUUCCCCCUCAACGCCUUCGAGCCAGCCUUUGCCGAGCUCUCGGACGCCGUCGCAGACCUCGAGGCCAACAUGAUGCACUUCCAGUUAAUGCACGAGAGUCUGGCCCGCUUCAGCGAAUCCUUUGCAAGCUUUCUGUACGGCCUCAACAUGAACGCUUUCUGUGUCGACUUCCAAGAGGGCCCUGUUGCAGAGUCAUUUCGGCGUGCAAAGCAACAGGACGAGUUCGGUGCAAACGCGGGGACAGGAAUUCCUCGCGCGCCGGAGAGGACCGCCCCAGACAAUGAAGGCGAAACAACCUUCAUGUAUUUACACCCAUUCCCUCAUCGCGUCGGUAAUCUCGACAGCGUUCGCUAACCAAACAUAGGACUACGGAUGUUUCAUUUGUCG